GAUAAAAUAAUACACACUUUUUUCUCCUCCUAGCUUUUCUCCAUUUUAAUUAAAGUGCUCAGGUGCACUCAUUUGCACCAGCUGGAGCUUUCCCAGCUUUGGUUGUUUUUAUCUUUUUUUUUUUUUUAAUUUGUCCAGUCUGAGAAGAAGAAGAAGAAGAAGUGCGUUUUUCACGUUUGGAUUCCGGACUUCUUUUACUGACUUCUCUUUUACAUCAAACAUGGAUGUGUUGGCAAAUUACAGUAUUUUCCAGGAACUCCAACUCGUUCACGACACUGGUUAUUUCUCCGCUAUGCCUUCCCUGGAGGAGAACUGGCAGCAGACAUGUCUGGAGUUGGAGAGGUAUCUACAGACAGAGCCCAAGCGGCUGUCUGAGCUUUUUGAUGAGGAGCUGGACUGUCUCUUAACACCAGCGUUCAUGCAAGGCGGCGACAGUGACGAGGACCUGAUGGACCCCCUCCUUCCCAGCCUCCCUGACCAGCCCAGCCCGCCCCCGCUACUCGUAACCCUCCCCAAGGUCCAGACCAAAAUCCUCCAGGUCCCUCAUCCCAGCAAGAGUCAAGCAGUUGCUGGGACUGAAACCCUCCUGGUCAAGGACCAGGUCCUCGGAGGAGUCAGUGCCGCACAGCUCAGCGCUGCCGUCACAUCCCUAACACCACCUUCGUCACCAGAGCUCGGCCGGCACCUUAUCAAACCCACACAAACGCUGACUGCAACAGCAGACGGUACACUAACGCUUAAACUGGUGGCGAAGAAGGUGGGAUUAGGUGCGGCUAAGCUGGUGGCAGCACGAGCGUUACCGUCCCCGCCAAGCCGAGGAGGAGCCCUCAGUGACAGCGAGCAGGGAGGUGGAGGAAGUCUGGGAGGUGAUGUGCCAGAGAACAAGAAGCGAGUCCACCGGUGCCAGUUUAAUGGCUGCAGGAAGGUUUACACCAAAAGCUCCCAUCUGAAGGCACAUCAGAGGACCCACACAGGUGAGAAGCCCUACAAGUGCUCAUGGGAAGGUUGUGAAUGGCGCUUUGCCCGCAGUGAUGAGUUGACACGACACUACCGCAAACACACCGGAGCGAAACCAUUCAAGUGCAACCACUGCGACAGGUGUUUCUCUCGAUCGGACCACCUGGCCCUGCACAUGAAGAGGCAUAUCUAAAGACAAACAAGAAACAAGAAGGAGAGGAGGAGCAAGAAGAGGAGGAGGAAGAAGAAGAUGAGGAGGGGUAACAGGAGAGAGGAGGGGCAGUCAAGCUACCAACCACCCGCCUCAUUUGACCCAUCUAAAACCAGUUGUCUCCAACGGCCAUCUGAGACAGGAAUAAGAGGAAAAUGAGGAGUAGCUAGAUUGUUGUUUUUCUUUAAAAUUACACAUUCACAUUUGCAAUAGAGAACACUUCACACACCCGCCUUUGAAUGCAUCAUCCCGGUGAACCCCGGCCGCUCUCAUGCAGCUCUGGGGGCUUGGACACUGCCAAACCAACAUAUACAUAACUCAAUUGAUAAAACAUAGUGCCGCCUUAUUUUUUUUCUAUGUAUUCAGUGUGUUUACAUUAUCGAAUCACUUUGGUAAGCAGAUAGUAUGGUGGAGAAACUUAAUAUCCAUAUAGUCAGCUGUUAGUGCUUAACAAAUACUUUUUCUUUCUUUCGUUGUUGCUGGUUUUCAUACACGGAACAUAAGAAACCAUCAUCUGCCGCAGUCAGUCUGUAAUCUAUGUGAAGAAAACAACAAUGCUAAAUCUGCAGGAGAGAGACUGUACGGAUUGACUCCUAGCAUGGCUGACAAUCGAACCCAGGGCUCGGACACCGGGUGUUUGAGAGCGCCCAUGGGACCUCGGUCAGCGGAUGCUGCUGCAGCUCUCAGGCUCUCCUCCAGAAGGUGUUUUCAUCCCUCACCUUCGCUGAGACGCCUGCCGCCUCCGCAGGCCAUUUGACAGAAAUGCGCAGCGACACUUUCUUCCCUUUUUUUCUACUUAGAGGAUUAUAAUUCUUCUUAUUGUUGUUAUUAAAAAGAAAGACACUUUGAUCUUUUUUCUCUCUCAGAGAAAAUGUCUUAAAACUCAGUGAAAUGUGUUGAAAACUGAAAAUCUGAGAUGACUUCAGCAGAAUGUGUGGGAAGAGAAGGAGAGCGUUGUUGGUCUUUUUAUUCCCAUGUGCACCGACUCUGCAUCUGCCGUCUGUAAGCAACCAGUGGAUGGAGGGAAACAAAACAAAAAGGAAAUGGAAUCAAAUCUCAGAAAAGGGAUUUGUGUUUUAUUUGGACUGAAAUAAAAGCAGAAAGCAGAGAGUUCUUCAUUUUUCAGUGCUGGUCUUUCUGCCCUACGCAGCUGAAAAACAAAACCCUGCUCUGACCUCCUGCUGUCUCACACUCUACCAGUCAGGAGGAAGAACCGCUAAAAACUGGCAACCUGUAUUUUUUUGGGAUUUCUUUUUUAUUAUUAUUAUUAUUAUUCUUAAAAGUCAUCCGUGAGUGCUUUCACAGACUCUGAGAUUUCAUCUCCCUGGCAUCACUGCAGGGCAAGAACGGAGGCUGAAAAGCUGUUUUUUUGGUUUUUCUCAUGGGGACUAAAGAUGCCAGCCAACCUUUGCGUGUCGGCUCUGAACAGAAACGGUCACAUCGACCCGUCAAAUUUGCCUGUUUCGUAUCCAUUGACUGCACUGACUUUUUUUCAAUGUUAUCUGUGCUUUUUCUUUUCUACAGCGAUAAAUAAGAAAAAAAGGAACACAAAGAAAAAAAAUCAUAAAAGACUUGAAAAAAUACAACACAAAAACAAUCCUGUCUCGCUCUACACUUUGCAUACAAAACAAGCACACGUACUCUGUUAACACACACAAACACACACACAUUGCAGUUCCUACGCUCACGGCUCUUCUCAAGAUAAGAAUAAUAAGAUUUAGGAAAAUAAUUAUGAAACUAAUGAACAGAGUCAGAAAACAAAACACUGCAUGGUGGGCUUUAUUACAAAACACGCACACACACUCCAGCUCAUGAAUGCACACACGCACACUUUUUCUGGAAUUAUAUGUUCUGCUCCCAAAUCUUUUUUCACAGUAGGAAUUUAGCAACUGUUGUUUAGUGGAAGAGUAUCUUAGCUCUUGGCUGGAAGUAACAAACAAUUCCAAAUCCUUUGAAGUGAGAAAUCAGCUUGUUCUCAGCUCCAACAAUCUCCCACAUAACCCUCGCUACAGUAUGCACCUCUCAUUUAAUCAUUUUACUUCAGUUUGUGGUCACAUUGUUGGUAUUAGCAGGUAUUUUCAUCAGCAAUAACUUGAAGUGAAAAAACUGCAGCAGGUGAAUUUUAAAAACAACAGCAGUCAUGUUGCUAGAAGGGUUAGCAUAGCUGCUUCUUUAAAUACCUCCAAAAUCGCAAGAAGAGUCUAAAAAAGGUCAGAAUAGACUUCAAAAUUAAUACAACUUUUACUUGUAUUUGUUUAUUUGAUUGUAAUUAGUAUUAAGCUGUCUUUUUUUCCCGACUUACCCUGCUUUUGGGCUCCAGUUUCAUUCAACGAAUAAAUUAAAUACUUAUUUCCAAGUUUUGCACAUAUGUCUUUAAAGCUGAGUCUAUAUUUUGCGGUUAAUUUAAACAGAAAAUGCUCAAUUUGAAUGCACAAAGGGAAAUAUUGCAUCUACAAAGCCAUAAAAAAACUGUUUCAAUUUAUUUCAAAAAGUUUCAAAAACUGUCUAUUCAGUUGUGUUUAUAAAGAACAAAAUGCAUUUCUUGGAUCUCAUUUUAAACAUAUUUACAAUUAAUCAUGAUAUCAGAUUUAUCUGAGGUUAUAGGUGAUUUGAAUUGUUUAAAAAAUGUAAUGUUUCUGGGAAAUGAAGUUCAAGUUUUAGUCUGUUUUGAACAUUAGAAACCCUAAAUUGUCACCGGUUCGGUUGUACCAGCUGUUCUUGUAAUGCUAGUUGUGCACAGAUCUUUAGAUGCAGAAACAGAAUUAAUUUAUCUCAGCAAAGCAAAUCUUUGCUACCGAAAUUUGAACAGAAACUAUAGAGAUGUUUGGUGCAUCACCUGCAGCAUUUUGAAAUCUCUUUCCUGUUAGUUGAAACCAAUGACCUCUAUAUGAUACCAGAAUGUGAUCACUAUCAAAGAAACAAAAAGAUUGAUGAGAGAAAACUGGGGCAAGCACACAUCUUCAAUGCCUGCUUCCUUCUUUCGCUGCAUUGUUGGAGAAAAAAAAAAAUAAUCUUGUCUUGCAAUCAGCACUCAACACCAACGCUCACACGGCUGCUCUAUCCGCCCACCAACACCCACAUGCCCCAUAGCACUUGCAAACAGUCCAAUACUCACUGUUGCUGACUGGUGCAGUUGGGUGAGGGUGCAGGUUCCUGAAGCUGGUGGGGGAUUUUACAUCCCAGCAUGCCCAGUCAUCAUGCUAGUUGGCCUUGCCAGCUUUCAUUAGGUGUAACAGAGAAAACAUUCCCCUCCAGGGGGGUUUAUGGUGCAGCUUUGAACAAUCGAUACCAAAAACCUCCAGCAUGGAACUGCCCUUCAGCCAUGGGCAGAGUCUCCCCGGUCAGGAGAGAUCAGCGUGACACCGCCUCCGUAUGAGUCCUGUGUAUCUAGCGGCAGCUCUCUCUACUAAAACUCUUUCCGUCUGCUAAAUAUGUCAAAGCAGCUCAUGUUUAGGAUCCAGUGUUUCAUUUUUUAUUUCACUGUUGCUGGUUUCUUUUACAAAAAGUGUUGAUGGUUGUUUUCCUCUUGGAUGAUGCAAAGUCACGCCAAAAUGUUGAGGCAUGCCAAGAGAUGAGGAAAGAAGCCCUCCUAUACAGGAUGUACAAUCAAAAGAGAAUGGGGAUGGUAGCACUUUGUGAGGCUUUUAACGGCAUGAAUGUGUGUAUGUGUGUAUCCCCAUUAGGCAUACUGUGAGGAAAGCAGCCAUUAGGCGAUGGUUCAAAGCAGAUUUUUAACUUCUGAACUAGUGUGCAUCUAUGUGGGGGGAGUAACUUGAUACAGUUGGUGUUGGAUUUGUUUUUGUUUUUUUUUUGUUUUGUUUUUUGUUUGGUUUUGUUUU